AUGUAUUCACCCCAGGCGCUGAAGCUGCCACACGUGGAGUACGUCGAGGAGGACGCCUACGUCUUUGCCCAGAGCAUCCCCUGGAACCUGGGCAGAAUUGUGCCGCCGCAGCCCAGCUCGGGCGCCUACAGCCCUCCCAAUAAAGGUGACCUGGUGGAGAUUUACCUGCUGGACACCAGCGUGCAGAGCACCCAUCGGGAGAUAGAGGGCAGGGUGCUUGUGACCGACUUCGAGAGCAUCCCCGAGGAGGACGGCACCCGCUUCCACAGGCAGGCCAGCAAGUGUGACAGCCACGGGACUCACAUGGCCGGGGUGCUGAGCGGGCGCGAUGCCGGCGUGGCCACGGGCGCCAAUGUCCGCAGCCUCCGCGUGCUGAACUGCCAGGGGAAGGGCACCGUCAGUGGGACCCUCAUCGGGCUGGAGUUUAUCAAGGCGACGCUGGAGGCUCAGCCCCACGCACCGCUGGUGGUGCUGCUGCCCUUCGCCGGCGCCUACAGCCGUGUGCUUAACACCGGCUGUCAGCGGAUGGCACAGAUGGGGGUGGUGAUGGUCGCGGCUGCUGGUAACUACAAGGACGAUGCCUGCCUGUACUCACCAGCAUCUGAGCCGGAGGUCAUCACAGUUGGCGCCACCAACAGCGAGGACCAGCCCGCCUCCAUCGGCACCCUGGGCACCAACUUUGGCCGCUGCGUGGACCUGUUUGCCCCGGGGGAUGACAUCAUUGGUGCCUCCAGCGACUGCAGCACGUGCUUCACGGCGCAGAGCGGGACGUCACAGGCGGCCGCGCAUGUGGCAGGCAUCGCCGCCAUGCUGCUCACCGCUGAGCCCCAGCUGAGCCUCACCGAGCUCCGGCAGCACCUCCUGCACUUCGCCACCAAGAAUGUCAUGGACAUGGCAUGGUUCCCUGAGGAGCAGCGGCUCCAGACACCCAACAGUGUGGCCGGGCUGCCCAUCCAGCUGGGCAUAGAUGAGCAGCUGUAUUGCCGCUCGGUGUGGUCGGCGCGCUCAGGGCUCACCCGGCACGCCACGGCCGUGGCUCGCUGUGCCGGCACUGAGGAGAUGCUCAGCUGCUCCAGCUUCUCCCACAGCGGCAGGCGGCUGGGGGAGCACAUGGAGGACAAGGACGGGCAGAAGCAGUGCGUGGCCCACAACGCUUUCCGGGGCCAGGGCGUCUACGCCAUCGCCAGGUGCUGCACAUGGCCCAGGGCCAAGUGCUGGAUCAACGCUAGCUCCCUGGCGGCUGAGGGUGCCGGCUGCUCCCCGCAGGACCACGUGCUGACUGGGUGCAGUUUCCAUUCCCCAGCCGCGGCGCUGGGUGACAGCGGCAGACCCGUCGCGGGGCCGGGGAGCGGGCCCAGCCACUGUGCCGGCAAGACGGAGGUAACGGCGCACGCCUUGUGCUGCCCCGCCGCCAGCCUCGAGUGCCGGGUGAAGGAGCGCACGUCCCUGGGCUCUGUGGAGAAGGUGACGGUGUCCUGUGACGACGGCUGGACACUGACAGGCUGUAAUGCCCAUUCCCAGAGCCCCGGCACCAUGGGAGCCUACGCUGUGGACGACACCUGCGUGGCAGCCAGCAUCCCAGGCAGCAGCACAGCUGCGGUCAUCGCCAUUUGCUGCCGGAGCGAGCAGUAG